AGACACAGACGCAGGGCUGACACCCAGGAGCUGCCCCUCCUGCCAGCACAGGGCCAAGAGCAGCACGGGGGUGCAGGCUGCAGAGCCACAGCUCAGAGCUACGGGGAAUUUCCUGCGAUGCAGAGGUUAGCAGCACUUACGUGAUCCUCUAAGGUGACAUCUUCCCUUGAGACGCCGAGGUUGGCUUUGGCGAUCCCAGGCUGAAUAAUCAUCUCUUUUAGGAACUGGGAAUACAGAUCCCUUAGGGAGGGAAAUGAAGCAGAUGAUCGCAUCAAUGUAAGCGCUCGGCCUGAGCUCAGGCACACAGCCCUGCACCGCUCAGCCUGCAUCUGAUCCAGUUCAAAUGCACUGACCCCAAGAACAGCACACGAGAGCAAUUCCUUUUAUGAAGGCACUUAAUUAUUCAAAGCACCACUCCCCUUCUCCACAGACCCCAUUAGGAGGAAAGAGGCAAGCAGAGCCGUCCUCACCUCUGCUUCUUCAGCAAAGAGCUCCAUAGGGCCCUCUCUAAGGGGAGGUAGUUCAGCAGGAUCUGCGCAGGACACAAACACACGUUGGGAUCUGAGGAGAGCGGUGCCGAACGGAGAGCCGAGCCGAGCCGAGCCGAGCCGACCCAGCGCGGGGCAGCGGCGCUCCGCAGAACGCUCAGCGCUUCGCCGCCCGGCGAUAUCAGAACGCCCGAAGCGCAACGCAGCGCUGAGCCGCGGCGAAGCCGAACCGAGCGGGCGCACACACGGCCACCUCCGGGCGGGCCCGGCGCCGGGCGGCGAGCGGCACGUGGCCGUUAUGCGCCCCGAAGCGCCGCCGGAGCGGCAGUACGCGGACCCAGACGCACCUUCCAGCAGAGGCAGCGCAGCCCUCCGUCAAACGGGAUUCCUGCGGGACAGCAGAGACGCGGUCGUCAUCGCCGGGUACGGCUCAGCCCCGGCGGGGGCCGCCGCGCCGAAGUUCGGGGACGGGAGCGGGAGGGGCGGCCGCGGCCACACGGAGCGCUGCGCCCCGCCGGACCCCCCCCCCACCGCCCCACUCACCGCUGAAGCAGAGAUCGCGAAGCUUGUCCAGAGCCACCGUAGGUUCGCCGAGCACCUCCUGGAAAUCCGCGAUCCUGAGGGGAAGCGGCGGCCGUGAGUGACUGCCCUGAUGUCCCUGUAAACUCAUCCUGGAAUUUCAUUUGAGGAAAGGAUCUUCUGAAUCAAAAGCUUCCUUCUGUUUUCCCCUCCCCACUGCUUCCCUCAAGAUGGCAUCCGACAGCCCGGAGUCGCUCAUGACCUUGUGCACAGAUUUCUGCCUUCGCAACUUGGAGGGGACUCUGUGCUACUUGCUGGACAAUGAAACUCUCCGGCUCCAUCCUGACAUCUUCUUGCCAAGCGAGAUCUGUGACAAACUCGUCAACGAGUAUGUGGAAUUGGUGAAGACAGACAGCAUCUUCGAACCCCAUGAAAGCUUCUUCACCCUCUUCUCGGAUCCGCGGAGCACCAGGCUAGCUCGGAUCCACUUGCGGGAACAGAUCGUGCAGGACCAGGACCUGGAGGCCAUCAGGAAGCAGGAUCUUGUUGAGCUCUACCUGACCAACUGCGAGAAGCUGACAGCCAAGAGUCUUCAAACUUUGGUGAGCUUCAGCCACACGCUUAUCUCCCUUAGCCUCUUUGGAUGCUGCAAUAUCUUCUAUGAGGAAGAGAACCCCGGAGGCUGUGAAGAUGACUGUUUGGUGAACCCCACUCGCCAGGUGUUGGUCAAGGACUUCACUUUUGAAGGCUUUAGCCGCUUGCGCUUCCUCAAUCUGGGCCGCUUGAUUGAAGGGGUCAACGUAGAGACAUUGCUUCGGCCUUUGACCUCCCUUGCUGCUCUUGAUCUCUCUGGGAUCCAGCUGAACGAUGUGGGAUUUCUGACACAGUGGAAGGACAGUCUGGUUUCCUUAGUGCUUUACAACAUGGACCUUUCAGAGGAGCACAUCCAAGUGAUUGCACAGCUUCACAAGCUCAGACACCUGGAUAUCUCUCGAGACCAUCUGUCCAGUUACUAUAAAUUCAAGCUGACCCGUCGGGUUCUAAACCUGUUUGUGGAAAACUUGGUAAACCUCACCUCGCUCGAUAUCUCAGGGCACACUAUGCUGGAGAACUGCACUAUCCCAAACAUGGAAGAGAAGAUGGGCCAGACAAGCAUUGAGCCAGCAAAGAGCAGCAUUGCUCCCUUCCGGGGUUUGAAACGACCGCUCCAAUUCCUGGGCCUUUUUGAAACAUCUCUCUGCCGCCUGACACAUAUCCCAGCCUAUAAGGUGAGUGGAGACAAGAACGAAGAGCAAGUUCUGAAUGCUAUUGAGGCUUACACUGAACACCGGCCAGAAAUUACUUCUCGUGCCAUCAACCUCCUUUUUGACAUUGCCCGUAUCGAGCGCUGCAGCCAGCUGCUGCGAGCCCUCCAGCUGGUGAUUACGGCCCUCAAGUGCCACAAGGAUGACAAAAACAUCCAGGUGACAGGCAGUGCUGCACUGUUUUACCUGACCAACUCCGAGUACCGCAUGGAGCAGAGCAUAAAGCUGCGACGCCAGGUCAUCCAGGUGGUGCUGAAUGGCAUGGAGUCCUACCAGGAAGUCACAGUACAGCGGAACUGCUGCCUGACACUGUGUAACUUCAGCAUUCCUGAGGAGCUGGAGUUCCAGUACCGCCGAGUAAACGAGCUGCUGCUGAGCAUCCUCAACCAGAGCCGGCAGGAUGAGUCUAUCCAGCGUAUUGCCGUGCACCUCUGUAAUGCUCUGGUCUGCCAGGUGGACAACGAUCAUAAAGAAGCUGUGGGCAAGAUGGGUUUUGUCAUGACAAUGCUAAAAUUGAUUCAGAAGAAGCUGGCUGAUAAAACGUGUGAUCAGGUGAUGGAGUUCUCAUGGAGUGCCCUCUGGAAUAUUACUGAUGAGACUCCUGACAACUGUGAGAUGUUCCUCAACUACAGCGGUAUGAAACUGUUCUUGGAGUGCUUGAAAGAGUUCCCAGAGAAACAGGAGCUGCAUCGCAAUAUGUUGGGCCUCCUGGGCAACGUGGCUGAGGUCAGGGAACUCCGUCCACAGCUCAUGACCUCUCAGUUCAUCAGCGUGUUCAGCAAUCUGCUAGAGAGCAAAGCAGAUGGGAUUGAGGUAUCCUAUAAUGCCUGUGGUGUGCUCUCCCAUAUCAUGUUUGACGGUCCGGAGGCUUGGGGUAUAUGUGAGCCCCACCGAGAGGAAGUUGUAAAGAGGAUGUGGGCAGCCAUCCAGAGCUGGGAUAUCAACUCCAGGAGAAAUAUCAAUUACAGGUCAUUUGAACCAAUCCUUCGACUCCUUCCACAAGGGAUCUCUCCUGUCAGCCAGCACUGGGCUACCUGGGCACUGUAUAACUUGGUCUCUGUCUACCCUGACAAGUACUGCCCACUGCUGAUCAAAGAAGGUGGGAUUCCCCUUCUGAAGGACAUGAUUAAAAUGGCCUCAGCACGGCAAGAGACCAAGGAAAUGGCAUGGAAAGUUAUAGAGCACUGCAGUAACUUUAAGGAGGAGAACAUGGACACUUCCAGAUAGAGGCAGUCAGCUAAUGCCUCUUGCCAGCACUGUAUCCAGCUUCUCUCUAAUUCACUGUAUAUAGUGAGGACUCUUUCUUACCAACUCGCCUGUUGGAAGGAAACUUUAUGUGUGUGUGUGAGACCCUCAGUAGAUGAAGGUGAACAGGGGAGGGGGGGAGGGACUUUUUGCACAACAAAAUGCUUUCCUUAAAUUAGUGGACUUUUUCGUUAUGAAGUUUCAGAUUGAAGUUCUGUGUGUAUGAUUUCUGUAUAAAAAGAAAACAAAAAAGGACAACUACAUUAUGUAUCUUUUAACCUUUUUUUUUUUUUUAGACCAUACAGACAGCCCCAAAUGAUCAUGAGCUUGAAAACCCAGUUGUGUGAUCACCAGUGUGACUUUUUUAUUUCCCACUUUUUAGACAAUUCCCUUUUGCUAUAUUGCAUGAGGUCCUGUAAUGUCUGCAAGAACACCAGUCCUGAAUCAGCGUUGGCCACUCGGUGGGUUUACAGGCAGAAAUGAGUUAGUAUUUGCUCUGAGAGGUUGGGGGACACAUUACCAACGAGUCAGACCAAAAGAACUGAACUUUUUAGUAAUGUUUUUAGGUAGAGGAAACAGAGAAGAAUGAUCUUUUAGGUCAGUUCAUUCUCUUAAAGGUUUUUUAUGGUGGACUGCUAUUAAUAGAAACGCUGCUAAAUGCACAUGGGUUAUUUGGAACUAAGAUAUUCCUGUUAAUGUCAGGAAUUCUGUUUUGUCCCCUUUGGCAGUUCAGUAGGAUCCGCCAGCCCACCUAGACUCCUAUGGUCAGGGAUGACCAGUAAAACAGUUAUACAUCCUUGGCAAUGCAGAGCUUUUCCCUCUAAGGGAGUCUGUGCAUAAAAGAACAAGGUUUGUUCACAAAGGGCUACAGAUCUUCAUUCCAGUUUUUCACCACCUUUUUAGUUUUGUUCUUCACGGAGAAGGGCUACAAAUGCCAGAAAAUGGCAUAAUAACCCCUACCAUAAAUAACCCCUGCCAGGCCCUGGGCCAGAGCGGCUCGUUCCACUUGUGCAAGUCCUGGUAAACAACUGAAGCUGUUCUACUCCUUCAGCCUGCACUGGCACAAGCCAUGCUCAGUGGUAAAGUAACCUCACUGCAGCACAGAUACUGUCAUUUGAGGUGCUAACAUCUUCUAAGGCUGAGGAGUGUCUAGGAACCCUUUGGAAUACCAUCUCCUAAAACAGCACCUCUUGUUCCACCCCAACAUCUUCCCCCUCUUCUGGCACUACUCUUAUCCUACUGUUAGUGCUAACCAGUGCAGUCCCACUCCCAUCAGCAGAAUCACUUCAAUUUAUAUGGUUUGGGGGAGAGGAGAGUCCCCACUAAGCUGGUCUUCACCUGUAAAACCCCAGGCCUGCAGUCUUAAGCAGCCAAGGACCAAAGGUUGCUUCACAGCCAGGCACUCAGCAUCACGUUGUGCAGUUCAUGUUCAGAGCCCCACUUGUCACAGUUCUUUCACAAUUCACAGCUCUUCCCUUAAAAGCAGUUUUGAAAAGAUUUUACAUCUGCAGUGAGAGGAAACCGUGGACAUACGUGUGUGUGUUAGGACAUUUCAGGCCUCUGGGAUAGCACAGGAACCGUCACUGCCCUCUUCCCUCAUUUACAUUGCUUGCUGCUAUGACUGAGGUUCUUCUGAUGCUCAGAGUUAAUGCUGUCAUUGCUGAGCACAUUAUGGACAGAUCCUAGAGACACAAACUGACACUUUCAAUGACAGAACACAGCUGCCCUGGAGGGGUUUACUUUUUUCUGCCAAUAUGGUGUUACCCAAUGUCUUUUCUUCUCUCUUCUUAACCAUGUCAUGUUUUGAUAUUGUGAGAUCUGUACUUUUUCUUUAAGUAUUUUUCAAACUUUAUAUAUAUUUUUGUGUCACUUUUGAAUUGUUUUCAUACAGUUUGAAAAACUUGACAAAUUACACUUUUUUGUGGUUGUUUGAUUGAAA